AUGACAUCGAAUUCGAUCAGGGCGGUCCGAUAUCAGCAGGUUCGUUCAAGACAAGUAGCUGUGCUCAAGGUGAGGCGAGGCGACGAUGACAUGACUGAAGCUGGAGUUUUGCUAAAGUUAGGAAGACACCCUCGAAUUGUUCGCUUCAUAGGGCAAUGUGAGGAUAAGGAUGGUCGCUUGCUAGUGACAGAGUUUGCCGAGUAUGGGUCUCUUAGUGACGCUCUCUGUCACGAGCUUCGAGGUCAGGUGUCGUUGGAACAUCAGCUUGUGAUGAUGCAGCAGAUAGCUCAGGGCAUGGAACAUGUUGCAGACCAUGCGGUUGUGCAUCGUGACCUGGCGGCGCGUAAUGUGCUACUAUUCAAAUUUGACGUGAACGAUGUGCGGAAAACAUCGGUGAAGGUGACAGACCUGGGGCUGGCAACAGAGCUGAACAACCGCACUCAUGCUACACUGGGGGAAGGAGCGCAACCAUAUCGGUACAUGCCUCCUGAGUCGAUUCAAUUCAGACAAUUCUCAGAGAAAAGUGACGUUUGGGCAUACGGCGUCACCUGUUGGGAGAUCCUUACUUGUGCCAAGAUCCCUUACUACAACAUAACACAGGACGACGGAGUCAUUCAGUUUGUGUGCAGUGGAGGGAGGCUACAAAGGGACGAGAUAGAAGGAGAAUGCCCCGAUACCCUCUGGGAGCUCAUGGAAGAUUGUUGGCGCACAAACCAUGGCGAUCGCCCCAAGUUU